GUGUUAACAACGCACGAUAUAAGUGCUCAUUAGGUAUCAUCAUCUUCAAAGCAUGAGACUACGGGAGAAUACGUAUCAUCAGCUGUUUGUGCUACAUGUUUGCAAUUUGUUAAUCUGAAAGCAGCAUCAAUCAGCGAGAUAUCUAACCCGCUGGAAUCUGGCAAGAAUUCGAUCCAUUACAGUGUGAACUGUUUCACUUGAAUCAACUGUUCCGGGAUAGCUGAGAGAGAUCGUGCGACCGGCACGCGAAUAAAGUAUGAUGAUCACCGACAGUAGCAGCAUAACGGCGGCACUUCUUUGCGUGCUUCAGCUGAUAUCGGCUUCACCCCCACAGCAGCAGCAGCAGCAGCAACAGCACCAAACUCAAAAACAGUGUGGUCUCUACGGACAGGCACCGUGCACUUUUGUUCCGGCUCAACCCGGAAUGAUGCCGAAGUGUGCUUCCCCGGGUAAAACGUUUUGUGAGCAGAAUCUAGAAUAUCCAGCCCACUUGAUUCAGCACCUGGUGGAGCAACUGGGCUAUCAUCGGAUCUUGGCCAACGAAGAACGUGUUGACUUCAACGCGCACAGCGAAUGGGAACAAGAUCAGCAUCAGCAACAUCAGCAUUACCAACAUUUUUAUGGUCCCUCUAUGCAAACCAGUAGCUACGGGCCUCAACCAUCGUCAUCAUCUCAUAACUCCCCUGCCCCAUACCAAGGCUACAACUAUGACCUACCCAAACAGCAGCAGCAGCACUACCAACAGGAUGACAACACCGUUGCAUAUGACCAGAAACCGCCACCGGUGCCAGUGCCCCAGCCCAUCUACAUCCCGAAGCCACAAUAUUCGUUCAACUACCACACCUACGUGAGGCCUCCAGUGACUCAAAGAUCUCAGACGUCCUCCACCUCGUCUAGCGGCUAUUUCUAUCCACCUCCGGUGACGCAAUUCAGUCCAGCCGAAUGGUUGAAACGUUUCGCACGAGAUCUCACCGAAAAGCAGAAUCCAGCCAACGGGUUCAGCUACCAUCGAGUGGCAGGACCCCAACAAGGCACACACCCGUCUCCGUCGCCGUUCAAGUUGCCUCCACAAUUGGAAGUGAAACCGGCACCCUUCCGACCGGUGGCAGCGCUGUUGAACGAGACGGCCUAUCACGAAGCGGUCACUCGAUCGCGCCAAAAGCGACAAGUCACAGCCGGGCGGAUAGAACUCUGUCAGACGCGGGAGAUGUACGUUACACCUCAGGCGGCGCUCAACACCAAAGGCAACUGGAUGUACGUCGUAAAUCAUGAGGAUUCGCGACAACUGGUGAAAGCAGAAAUAUGCACGUCAACUGAGUGCUCUAAUCUGUGCAGCCUACCGAAUGGGUACAACUCUAGGUGUGAGCAAAAGUUCUCCCAGAAGCGAUUGCUGACGCUGGACGCCGAUGGACAGAGCCUGUACGUCGAUACCUAUUGGUUCCCAAGCUGUUGCGUGUGUUCGUUGGCGAUGAGUAACUAGAAGGCUGGAAAAAUAAUGGCUCAAUAUAUCAAGAUGAGAUUGUAGUGUGUAGAAGUACAGUAAGCAGAUCCGCUGUGUAGUUAAAAAAAAAACAAUCUUUGCUAAGUUAGCAUCUAAGCAGAAACAAUUGUGAUUUACAAGAUUCUAAGGUUAAAACGGAUCAGAGAUUCCUUAAUUUAUCAUUAACUUUCACUUUCAUUACAUUAAAACUCUUGGGGCCGAUUUCUUCAUCUGCGCUUAAGCACCUCAUAAGGUUCAACCAUAUGGGUAAAUCUAGAUUAACAUUUAAGCGAAUGGGGGAGAAAUGGGCUCUUAGGUACAUAAGGAUUCAUCGAAAUUUAAUUGUUAAAAAGAGCACUAAGUAGAAAGCAAAAUCAUGAAAUAUUAGUGUAGAAUUUGUAUAGAAUUCUAAUUCUACUACCACUGCAAAGCUAUUAUUAAUUUAAUUUAUUAUCUAAAUUACAAAGCAUGAUA